UCACAUGACUUGAGAGUUCUCUGAGAGUGUUUAGUCUUUUCCUAUAACGAUGGUCUGAAUCUGAAGGAGGGUUAGAGGGAGAAGAAAUGGUUAACAAAGGAGUGUUUAUAACCUCUCUGUCUUUGUGUCCUCCUCCCUCCCUUCUUCUCGCUUUCUCUCGCUCUCUCUCAUAUAUACGCGUAUACACUCACACACAGAACCAGGAAGUUCAUUUCAGUGAAAACGAAACUCAGAGUGCCCCUCUCUCUCUCUCUCUCUGUCUCUCUCUCUCUCUCUGUCAGUGUGUGAGUUCAGGAAAAUGGCAGAGGCGAGUAUUUCAUUAGAUCAGCUUUCGGUGGAUCAGUUCAGCUGUCCAGUGUGUCUGGAUCUACUGAAGGAUCCGGUGAUGAUCCCCUGUGGUCACAGUUUCUGUAAGGUGUGUAUUAAUGACUGCUGGGAUCAGGAAGAAAAGAGCGAAGUGUAUUGCUGUCCUCAGUGCAGAGACACUUUCACUCCGAGGCCUGUUCUACAGAGAAACAACAUGCUGGCUGAAGUGGUGGAGAAACUGAAAAAGACUGAAGUCCAAGCUGCUUCUCCUGCUCACUGUUACGCUGGACCUGGAGAUGUGGAGUGUGAUUUCUGCACCGGGAGAAAACACAAAGCCAUCAAGUCCUGUCUGAUGUGUCUGGCCUCCUUUUGUGAAACUCAUCUGAAACCUCAUCUUGAAAUUCCUGGUUUGAAAAAGCACAAGUUGGUUGAAGCCUCUGAAAAUCUAGAAGAGAAGAACUGCUCUGAGCAUGAUAAAGUGCUGGAGAUCUACUGUCGUACUGACCAAAGCUUCAUCUGUUAUCUGUGUACGAUGCAUAAACACAGAGGACACAAUACUGUAGGAGCUAAAGCAGAGAGAACUGAAAAACAGAGAGAGUUAAAGGAGGAGCAGAUGAAAUCCCAGCAGAGAAUCCAGGAGAAGCAGAAGAAGGUGCAGGAGCUGAAACAGGCUGUGAACACUAUAAAGCUCAGUGCACAGACAGCAGUGGAGGACAGUGAGAGGAUCUUUACUGAGAUGAUCAGCUCCAUGGAGAAAAGGCGCUCGGAGGUGACGGAGCUGAUCAGAGCUCAGGAAAAGGCUGAACUGAGUCGAGCUGAACGACUCCUGGAGCAACUGGAGCAGGAGAUCGCUGAUCUUCAGAGGAGAGUCACUGAGCUGGAGCAGCUUUCACACACAGACGAUCACAUACAUUUCCUCCAGAAUUUCCAGUCUCUCUAUGUCUCUUCUGGACGUGAGGUCUCACCCAGCAUCACUGUCAAUCAACAUCUCUCAUUUGAUGGAGUAAGGAAAUCUCUCUAUGAUCUGAAAAAGAGACUUGAGGAAUUCUGCCAGAAGGAAUUCAUCAAAAUCCCUGAACAUGCUGCAGCAGUUCAGAUGAUUUUACCCUCAGAACCAAAGAUCAGAGAAGAUUUUCUGCACUAUUUCUGUGAUCUGACUCUGGAUCCCAACACAGUAAAUUAUAACCUCAUUCUGUCUGAGAAGAACAGAGCGGUGACGUGCAGUGAGAGAAGGCAGCCGUAUUCUGAUCAUCCAGAGAGAUUUGAUUCCUUGUGGCAGGUGUUGAGUAAGGAGAGUGUGUGUGGGCGCUGUUACUGGGAGGUGGAGUGGAGCAGUGAGAGAAGUGUGUUCAUAUCAGUCUCAUAUAAAGACAUCAGCAGGAAAGGGCAGGGUAAGGAGCGUUGGUUUGGAGGCAACAAUCAGUCCUGGAGUCUCCGGUGUUUUUCUUCUUCUCUCUUUUUCUGGCACAACAACAUUAAAACUGAUCUCAGAGUUCCAUCAUCCUCCAGAAUAGGAGUGUAUGUGGAUCACAGUGCAGGAACUCUGUCCUUCUACAGCGUCUCUGAAACGAUGAAGCUCCUCCACAGAGUCCACACCACAUUCACUCAGCCUCUAUACACUGGGUUCUGGUUGCGCUGUUACGGAUCAACUGUGAGAUUAUGUGAUUCAAAAUAAAAUAUUAGUAAUGCGAUUUUAUUGAAUUAAAAUUAGCAACUUUUUUUUAAAUAUCAAACUUAAUUCAAAUAUAGAUAUAAUAUGAGUAACUUAUUUUAUAUUUCCUAAUUGUCAUUAAUACUGUUACAGCUUCUUUAUUCUGUCCUUUAAGAGAUUUUAAUGUUAUGAUAAUGUGGCUAUUAUUGGAAAAAAAGCAUCCACAUUGUUCCUUAUUUUGUUUUUGAAUAAAACUAUUAUAUUAAACACA